AUCAUUCACCAACUAUGCUCUAAACUACUCCGUCUAACAAUAAUGUUUGAUAACCCAAAGGAAUGUAAAUUAUUAGUAAAAAUGAUAAGACGUGUGAACAAUUUUUUGUUCUUUUUCAAUUUACGUCAAGGCACAAUUCUUAUUGCCGUCCAUCAAAUUGCGCUAUCAUCUUUUAUUCUGAUAAUACUAUUAGUUGGUAUAUCUCAUGUUGGUGAAAUGCUUACUUUGCUUCAUAAUGACAUGGAAGACGACGCUGAGAGGCGAGGGUUUUACGAAGUAGCUUACGGUAAUCAAUUAAGAUUUCACGAAGGGGAUGUUAUUAGCACUAAUAAUCAACGGAGAUUUGCUAAUGCUCAAUAUCUAGCUUCCGUAACAGUGAUUGUCCUCUAUACCAGUACUAUAUUGACAUCGAUAUACUUGAUGUGUUCUAUCUCGCUGCUCCACGGAGCCGUCAAGUACAAGAAGGAAUACAUAUUUCCCUGGAUUGUAGCAGCGAUCAUUGAUCUCUUACUGUUGAUAUCAGCCGUCAUUAUCGGAGACGGAUAUCCGUGCAUUAUCAACCUGUUCAAUGGACACAACAUGUACCACUUCACUUGUGCGUUGUUCGUGGCGUCAUUCGUGUACGCGAUCUGUGCUGUGACCAGCUUCUCCAUGGAGGUGUCAGCGAUGCAGUGCGCACGGCAUUUGGCCGACGAGCGCGGCGAACGGCUGUUACUCCUCGACCACGCCGCGCACUCCAGCCUCCUCUCCGCCGCACAACUUAACAAACUCUCACACGGCACACGCACGCAUUUCGUAUAAAACAUUAUUGAUAUAUAGAGCCAUCCAACGAAGCUUUAGAUCUCUUAAAAUAUGUAACUCGACACACAAACACGUUUACAGCUGACUCGCCUGGCGAAUCAUCUACGGAGAUAUCGUAGUGGCACUAUUGCCUAUAUCGCACUAGGCUAGAAAUUUAGUCGAGUAGCAAGUAAUUUAGUGAAUAAAACUGGUCUACACAUCAAAAACGUACUCCUGUAGAUUAGCAAAUCGUAUAGAGGGAAUAUUUUAGCCAGUAAAUUGCUCGAUAUUCGACUAAAUCGCUAGCUUACUGCAAACAAGGGAUAAACGUGUUAAAACUUAUUAAAUAUUUUAAAGCUAUAAGCACAUCUGCACUAGUCAUAGUAAUAUAUUUUCUUAUAUAGUAUUUGGAUUGCCUUCAAUUUCUUAAGUUGGUACAGUAAUUAUAUAAAAUGCAUAUACAUAUUGAAAAUAUUACAAUUAUGUUAUUUAUAUGCUAGAUGUGCUAUAUAAAUGCGACACAGCUAUUUUAAUGUUUUAGUCUUAGUUAUAAUUUGUAGAGUACAUAAUUUUCAGUAUAAAUGUAAUUAAUUUUAGCACAGUAAAUGCGCAAAGACUAUUAAGAAUAAGUCAUAAAGAAAUAUGUAAAAUAACCAGUUUAGUUAACGAUAGUAGACAGAGAGGUACUUGUAAGGCCUUAAGACACGCACAUACGUUUUUCUAUGGCUAUUUUAACAGUUGUCUUUAAUUUAUCUAUCUCAAUCAUGUUUGGCCAAUGCGCCUAUUAACGAUGGUGCUACACUUUUGAAGUUUUUUUAAUCAUCUUUCUAGAGUUGGGCCGCCUUCAAUGCUGACAAAGUAAUUUUGACGGUUCUUUACAUCUUGCAUCUAUGUUGCUAUUCACUGAGUUGGUCAAUUAAAAUAAGAAAAAAAGAUUAAAAGCAAGCAAUACUAGAUAUUAAUUCAUGGAACAUCAAAGACAAAACAAGUGGUUGUGUCAGGCAUAAGCGACAUUCGAAAAACAGUAUUUGUAGUCAAAUUCAAUAAACAUGAGAAAUGAUAAGCCUUUGUAAACAGUUAUACUUUGAUAAGAUUGUUAUCACAGACUCUUUAACAACAGACAUAUUUGUAUAAUUUAAAUAUUAAAACUUUACGAAAGAAAUGUGUAAACAAAAUUUUUCAUUUCCAUUGAAUUUGACGAUAUUUGCAUCAUAGAUUAGUUUACUUUUUACUGCAACUAAGCUAAAAGCUUUAUUUCCAUCUUGCCAUGUAUA